GGGGGGCGCUGGUGGCCUGUCUGGCUCCGCAGCCUGGCCCUGCUUACAGAAAAGCGUCACUCUGUGGGGUUCCCUUGGGUGCUCUGCAGCCUCCAUCGCCCUGGCACUGGCUGUCCCCUGGCGUGCUCCUGUUCUGCUGUUAAAGCCUCCAUGUACCGACAAGCCCUGAUCCUGCAAACGCUUGAGCGGCUGCUCUAUUUUAGACAGGAGAGUAAAUUUCCUGUCCUUGCCGUCCAUCAUGGCACUGUUUGGGCUUUAAAUUAAGCAUGAACAUGUUUACAGCACCGGGGACCAGGAUCAGGACUUCUGUGCAUGGUACAAAAUAUUGGUUGGGGAAUAUAUAUUUUUACCCUCUACACAGAAAACAUAAGUAUACAAGACCAUGGAAAGUUUUACAGAUGUACCAAGAAUAAAAGAAAGCUCUGAUAUUGGGCAACAACAGGACAGAGUGGUGACUGAAGAGGAAUGGCUGCAGAAAUGGAAAGUGAGACAAAUUGGAUUUCAUAAGGAACAAGGACAUCCGAUUUUAAGGAAGUACCUGGAUGUUCUUCUUAAUGGCAGGAGUGGACUCAGGAUAUUUUUUCCACUUUGUGGCAAAGCAGUAGAAAUGAAAUGGUUAGCUGACAUGGGACACUAUGUAGUUGGUGUGGAACUCAGCGAAUGUGCAGUGAAGGAAUUUUUCACAGAACACGAUCUUUCUUAUUCUGAAGAAACAAUCCCAGGGAUUUCUGGAGCCAAAGUUUUUAAGAGUACCUCUGGGAACAUUUCUCUGUACUGUUGCAGUAUCUAUGAUUUGUCCAGCACAAUUGUUGGCAGGUUUGAUGGGAUUUGGGACAGAGGAUCUCUAGUAGCCAUUAACCCAUGUGAUAGAGAACACUAUGCCGAUUUGAUGUUGUCUCUAAUGGAGAGAAGCUGUUGUUAUCUCUUGGUUACUGUUUUAUAUGAUUCAAAUAAACAUAAAGGUCCACCAUUUUAUGUUCCUGAUGCUGAAAUUAAAAGUUUAUUUGGAAAAGUCUGUGAAAUUAAGUGUCUUGAGAAGGUCGAUGACUUCUCGGAUCAGCACAGAGCCUGGGGACUAGAUUAUUUUCUGGAGGUAACAUAUCUGCUUACCUUAAAGUCUGUUCCUUGAUGAAACGAGAGACAAAAUUUAUUAGCAAGGUGGGAAGAAUUAUAUUGAUCUCACUUGGAAAUGAGCUGGAUAUUUGGGAAUUCUGAAACACCUCAGGGUAUGAAAACUGGGUUAUGGAACAUCUUUGUCUUUUGAAGACUUUAUGAUUUCAAAGUCAAUUACACUGUACAGCUGAUUUGACUUACAGUAUCUGUAUUUUAAGAUGUGUAGCACUUAACCACAUUGAAACUCUUUAUAAACAAUCAUUUUAACUUUG